CUCACCACCGCAGGCAGCCAUCCAAGUUCAACACUGCCUUUCGUCCAGCUGCAGGUCUCGUAAUUCUCCUGCGUCAAUAAAUGGGAUGGUUUGAAACACUGCUAUACCUCCGAUAUAAACAGCGACAGUUUAAAGAGCUUGCGGGCUAUAUACCCUCUAACACGAGACCAUGGACAAAUCCUUCUUCCGCCGCCAGUCCGACGCCUCUCGAGGCAGCUCAUCCAACGCCCUCUCCUCCCCCUCCUCCCACGAGCUAAACGACCUCCUCCCACGCCCCUACUCUGACCACCCCUCCUCACGCGACCGCUCCCUUUCCUCCACUGGGGAAUCGCGCUUCCCCGCCUACUCCUCAGCCCCUCGAUCCGACCGCUCCCGCUCACAGAACAAACACGUCCAGCUCUCCAUACCCCCGCCGAUAACAGCGAGCGUCCUGCUACCAGCUAUAAACUUGACGUCCUCUGUAUCCUCGACACAGACGCUCACACCACGACUUAGCGGGAGGAAUAUCGCGCCUUUGAUACGGAGGGAACGGGCGCUACAGGCGGAGAUACAGGAACUUCUCGAUGCUCAGUCCGCCGCUCUAUUACGUGUGCGCGCAUCACCGAAAUCGCAAAAUGGCAACACCGGCGGCGGCGGGAGGACCUCUAAAUCCCCGUCCAAGCAAGCAGCCACCCCGCGGACCCUGCAUACAGCACGUCUCGGCAUCUUACGCGCUCUACACAGCCUUCUCGAGCUCUCACAAACGAAACACUCCAUCCUCCUCAGCACACACACGACCCUCCAAGCGACCCUCACGCAACUCACGCACUGGCAGCGUAAACUCGCGGACCUAGACUCAAAGAUCCACGCCCUCUCCCCUCCCCCCUCCAUCUCCGCCCCCUCCGCAACUUCUCCGCACCGCAACCACUCCCUCCCCCCUUCCAACGACCGCUCCCUGCUGCCUAAUGACAUACCCGCCCUCGACCGCGAGAUUAACAAUCUCGAAGCGAGGUUACACACCCUCCGCACCCACCGCCGGCUCCUCUCGCGCGCGCUGCUCGAGCAGAGAAGUAGGCACGAGGCGCAGGCUAGUAGCUGGGUUGGCGCGAAGCGCGAAGUUGAAAGUGAAAUCUCUGCGUGGCUGAGGAGGCCGACAGAGGCGCUGGGACUGGAUGGCGAAGUGGCGGGGGAGGGGGGGGAGAUGGAUGCUUUUCUCUCCUUACCCCCUGGACGAAGGACGUUGGGGGGGGCGAUCGAUGCUAUCCGCGCUGUUAUGGCGGAAGUCAGAGCGCAGAUGGAAUCCGUAGAGCGAGAAGGCGACGCCGUAGAGAAAGGCGCGGGGGUUUGGGAGAGUGUGUUAGAGCGGGUAUUGAUGUUUGAAAAAGAGCUGAGGGUGUGGAUGAAAGGAGGUGCUGGGGGAGCGGAGGAGGUGCUGGAAAAAAUGGGGAGGGUGGGGGGAGAGAUUGAGGGGUUCGCGGGGGUGGUGGAGAGGGAAGGGUGGACGUUGUUGGUUUGUGCUGUUGGGGCGGAGUUGGAGGCUUGGAGGGAGGGAGAGGGGGUUUUGAGGGGGGUUGUUGGGGGGGGUGUGGUUGCUGGGGUGGAGAGGGGGAUGAGUACUUCACCUCACCAAGGUCCGGGGAGGGGGGAUGAGGAUGUGAAGGGGAAGGGGAAGAGAGUCGAGAAUUUCAACUCCAGCAUGGGCAGCGAAGGCACGGAUAUCUGGGGAAGCGCCCUUGACACUCCCAACCCCUUACCGGACGACGAUCUCAACAACGCAUCUCACCCCGCCACCUACUCCCCCGACGACUUAACCACAUCUCAGCACCCUCCCCGAUCUCUCAGCCCAACACCAAGUCCGAGCCCCACUUACCCCCGUCCCCGCAGCACGAGCCCGGAGGCAGAUGGAGACCCAGAUUUCAAUAUCGAGCUUGAGGGGUUGAAGUUGUCGGGCGGGACACCGACGAUCAGGAGUCCUGCGUUUGGUGGUGGUGGGGGUGGGAGUGAAAUUGUGACGAAGCCUGGGAAGGAGAGAUAUAGGGAUAAUGAUGAGGAGGAGGAUGACGAAGGGCCGGGAGAGGAUUUAUUGACUGAGCUGCCAACGGAGGGGUAUAGAGAUGCGGAGGACGAGGAUGAUGAUGAGGGACCGGGAGAUGAUUUAUUGGUUUCUCCUGAGGAGAAGUAGGGGG